AUGCCUCUAAAGUGUUUUGUGCCAGGCUGUAACUCUGGGUUACCCAAACAGAAUAAAAUUUAUAAAGAGCAGGGAAUAAAACUACCUUCAGUAUUUAAUCUACCCGAGAACAUGAUUGAUACUUGGAAUUUAAAAAUUCCACGAGCCGAUAGAGUGUUAACGAAAAAAGAUGGAGUAUGUGAAUUGCAUUUUAUUACUGAAGAUAUUAUUACGUAUAGAAGUUUUGAGAAUAUAGCAGGAAAUGAAAUAAAAGAUGAACUGAAGAAAGUUAUUUUAAACCCCAAUGCUGUACCUUGUAUUUACCCUAAUUUGCCUUCUUAUUUCAACAAAAGUAUCAAAAAACGAAGACCUCCUACAGGAAGGUCAAUACUACCAAACAAUCUAAAAAAGAAUAAACCCAGUGAUAUAAAUCCUGUAAAUGAAACAAUUGUUAACCCUGAAUUAACCAACGAAAUAAUAGAAAAUAAUAUAACUGAACAAUUAAGGUAUAAUGUUCAUAUCGGUGCAAAUAAUAUCAAGCUACCAGGUACAAUGUGGGGUUUGCACACUGAUUAUUCAGAAAAAACAGUUUUUACUCAUAUUAGUGGCCUUUACAAUGACAAAUGUAUUAUGUUUAUUACUCCCAACGUAGCUAAGGUAUUUAUAAGAGAGAAAGAAACUCAAAUUGAAGAAUAUAUUGAGAAACGUGAUUAUAUUGAAAACUUAUUGAGUAAAUUUAAUUUGUUAAAUAUUUGUUCUGGUAUUAAUUUGACUAAUAAAAAUCAAUGGUCUUCAAAAUGUAUGUUAUACGUGGAAAGUAAAUGCGUUAGAUGUAAUUACUGUAAAAAUCUUAGUAAAAACUUAAAUAGAAAAAAAACCAACAGAAAACUACAUUAA